ACUAUGUUGGAUUUCUUGAUUGCCUUGUCUGGUGAAUAAAAGUGCAAGUCAGAAGUAGCGAUGGGUGCAUGUGUCAUUCAUCAAUUUCUUGUGUAUAUGUAGUAUGAGCCAAUCGUACAUUCAUUGGGGGUUCCGAGUCAUAAUGAGCCCUCCGAUGGAAGGCAUAACUCCAAUGUGCCCUGCGGCAAAAAAUCAGAUGGACAGCUCUGCUGUAGCGGAAUAAAUAUCAUGCUGCGGAUUCAGAAAAUACCCGUGAUCUUUGUUUACUUGUUGUGCAAUGACAAGGCAGCAUGUGUGGAUGUUGUGGUUGUGCGGAUGGGGAAAGUGCCGAACAGAAGCCCUUCCCAUUUUGUGAGUGCGGCAUGGCACAAUUUGCAUGCACCAACAAACAGAGCCAGAGCAGCAAUCUUUCCAGCCGCGCAUUCACCGGUAACAGUAUGACCUUCCACACAUCCAAGAUUUGUGCUUGGCUGUUUGUCAUUGGCGUCGGAAUUGUCUUUUUUGUGGUUUUUCAAGAAAAUUUGACAGUGAACAAAUGGAUCACCUUCUCCGGGAACUUUGAUACUGUCAUCUCAAAACAGGAUUAUGAGGAGGAGAACGCCACCGGACGCGCCAUCUUAAAGGCCACUGGUUUUACCAAAUCAUUAGACUCAUUGCCCGUCAUACAGUUUGAACGCCAGACAGAAAUCACGUUCACGCCUGCCGUCGUCCCCGAGACCCCCAUUCCCAUCCUCUUUGUCGCCAACUUCUCCAGACUUCCCGUGUGGGAUUUCGAGGACGUUUAUAACCAGGAUGCUCCACCUGGAAACAGAAGGUGCCCAGAAUCUCUGAGGAAUUCCAAGGACGAAAACUUCAAGAAGGCUUUCCUUCCCAACAUACGCUUGUUCAUGCACAACAGCAUCAAUAUGAGCGAAUGGAACAGACUCUCCCAUUUCAACAACCCUUUUGGCUUCAUGGAAUACUCUUAUGAUGACAUAAUGUCCUCAGUCAAGUUGAUCCCAAAGCCAAGGGAGCCCCUCCUCUCUCCAAAGGUUGGCGGCGACGGUUGCAUUCGUUGCGCUGUGGUGGGAAGUGGCGGCAUCCUGAACGGCUCCAAUAUGGGGAAAGAAAUCGACGCACACGAUUACGUGUUUCGAGUCAACGCCGCCAUCACCAAAGGUUACGAGGAUGACGUGGGGGAAAAAACCUCCGUUUACGUCCACACGGCUCAUUCCCUCUAUCAGUCUACGAGUCAUUUUGUGAAAACCGGACAGAUAUAUGCCCCCCACGACCAGGGCAUCAAAUAUGUGAUGAUUCCAGAGGGCAUGAGGGACUUCCAGUGGUUACAAGGACUCAUCAGUGGAGAGAAAGUGGAGUUCGGCCCGUUCAAAAACAAACGGCCUCGGACGUAUUACAAGGGGAAGUACAGCGAGAGUCGUUUUUACGUCCUGCACCAGGACUUUCUGCGAUAUGUGCGCAACAGGUUCCUGAGAUCUCCUAACCUGAAUAAAACUUACUGGGCAAUAGUCCGACCAACCAACGGUGCUUUUACGGUCUUCUUGGCUCUUCACACAUGUGAUAUAGUGGACGCGUACGGCUUCAUGACGAGAGACUACGCUAAGUACUCCAACUACUAUUACGAGAAGCAUGACAAGAACCGGGUGAUUUUCUACGCAAAUCACGACUACAUUCUGGAAAUGAAAACCUGGGAGAAGCUGCACAACAGCAAAAUCAUGCGUCUGUAUCAAAGGAGUGAAAAGGAACCCCCUCAAAAGGAACCCCGUCAAAAAACAUAACUUGGAAGAAUGUCCGAAUGGGUAAACGUAUUCUUAGUUGUAUCAAUAGGCUAUAGCGUACAGCUAUCGCAUUACUUUGAAAGACAUUUGAAGGGCUCUGAAAAGCUUGUAGGUCCAAACAGGGUUUAUUCUAUAACAACAAUAAUAACAACAACAUAAUAAGUGGGAAUAUUUAGGACAGAUUCAUUUGCGUAUGACUCAUUUGUCAUGGGGGUCUUCUAACAUUCACAAUAGAUAUUAAUCACACACAAGUCUCACCUAACAUUUGGUGUUUUUAAAGGAUUGAAUGGAGCGUGAGGGUAUUGCGGGGAGGAGCUAACAGCUAUGAUGACGCCACCAACCCGAAAAUCCUUUGACAUCCCAGCAUGCUUUGCGACACAAGAACUGUUUUUAAAAGGAUUUAUACUCGUUUAUUAAUACUUUUUUUCCACAUAUUUGACAUAUUUUUCUUAUUCAAAAGUUAUUAUCUUUGUUUCGAUGUUUUGCGUGAGUUUAGAAUUUUUUUGUUGUUGUUACACCGCUAGUUUAAGUCGUACCGCUUACGAUGACUUCCCUGUUGCUUCAGAUGAAUAGGCAGUACACUCUUGUUUCUCUUCAGAUCGCAUAAAUCUUUCGCCUUUUACUAAAGAUUUCCGUGGGGAGGAACAUCAAGAGUUUUAUCCAAUUUUUUGAUGCCCUGCUUACGUGGGGCUU